AUUUCAUUGCAUCAGUACGAUCAGUCCUGUAGAAUCAUUCAAGCGAUAAGGUGCGGUAGUAAAUCGUAGCUUGCUCCCAAUCGAACUUGUACUACAAGAAGCCGGAAUCUCCCGGAAAGGAAAAUCGAGCCAUUUGUUUUAUUUCAAGUUAAUUUUUUCUAUCGUUGGAGGCGAGUGCUUUUUUGUCGCGUUCGCCAAGUUCUUAUCACUGUUUGUCUCGGUGGCAUUUUAUAAAAGCGGUCAGCUGGUGCGAGAAUAAUCUCAUUCGCAGCGCGGAUUUUGUUGAGUUUGGAAGAAGCAAGGAAUCUUUAGUGUAUUCCUUUUCUGUGAAAAAAAAGUUUGGAGAACAUUGUAAGGUUGCUGUGGUUCUCAAAAUCUUGCAGCAAAAAUGGAACACAACGGAAACGCUGAGAAGGAGAUUCGGGUCUGGUGCGACGGAUGCUAUGAUAUGGUACAUUUUGGCCACGCAAACUCUCUCCGCCAAGCGAAAGCCUUAGGCCACAAGCUUGUUGUAGGGAUUCACAAUGACGAUGCGAUCACGAAAAACAAAGGCCCCCCGGUAUUCACACAGGAGGAGCGAUAUAAAAUGGUGCGAGGCAUCAAAUGGGUGGACGAAGUGGUGGAAGAUGCCCCCUAUGUGACGACUCUAGAGACACUGGACAAAUACGAUUGUGAUUUUUGUGUACAUGGUGAUGACAUCACGCUCACAGCCGAUGGUGUCGAUACAUACCACUUGGUCAAAGCAGCUGAUCGGUAUAAAGAAGUAUCCCGAACAGCCGGGGUCUCAACAACGGAUCUUGUGGGCCGGAUGCUCCUAAUGACGCGGAACCACUUCAAACAAGGUGACCAAGAGUAUAGCGUGGAGAAAGAUGGCUCAUCGAAGCUGGGCCAAGAUCACUCGGCGCGCAGUCCCUGGACAGGAUGUUCUCAGUUCCUACCGACCACACAAAAGAUCAUACAGUUCAGUGAUGGCAAAGCUCCAAAACCAACUGAUCGGAUUGUUUACGUUGCGGGAGCCUUCGAUCUCUUUCAUGUAGGUCAUCUGGAUUUCUUGGAGAAAGCAAAGACUUAUGGAGACUAUCUAAUCGUUGGACUGCACACUGAUCCAGUGGUGAAUGAGUACAAAGGCGGAAAUUAUCCGAUCAUGAACCUGCACGAGCGAGUUCUCAGUGUGCUAGCCUGCAAAUACGUGAACGAGGUUGUGAUCGGGGCUCCCUACUCGGUGACGAAUGAUUUGAUGGAACACUUCAACGUGGACUUGGUGUGCCAUGGGCAGACGGCAAUUGCACCGGAUGUUGGCAACAUAGAUCCGUACACAGUGCCAAAACAGAUGGGGAAAUUUAUGCUUAUAGAUUCAGGAAACUCCAUAACAACGGAAGAUAUCGUUGAAAGAAUCAUAAGGCAUCGGUUGGAAUACGAGGCGCGUAACACUAAAAAAGAAAAAAAAGAAAUUGAAGUAUUCGAAGCUAUGCAACGAGUGAAAAUUGCGGAAAAAUGCGGUUGACCAGACUAGUAUGCCAUCGUUUUCCCAACCAGCUUUCUGACUAAUGAAUGUUUUCUGCUGCUAGCAGUUUGCACCACGCUUCUGCAAAUUUGGUAAAUUGGAAGAAAACAAGUGUUUCGACAGUAAAAUUCUGAGGUAAAAUUUACAAACCGCAUCACGCCAAGGAACAGAGGUUUCGUUAUCGUUAGUCAAUUGUAUAUUAGUUUUCAGUUUAGUCGUUCAGUUUCUUUUUUAUGAUUUAAUUAUUGGAAUAUAUUUUGAAACACGGUAUCAACAGAAAAACUGUUUACUUAGUCUUAUACUACGUUCACACUACGGGUUAAAACUUGUUUUAACGUCAUUUUUAUAAUCAAAACAUGUUUUAACUGGGUAGUCUUGCCGUGUUAUUAUCUGUACCAAAACUCCAACAUCCUGAUACCAGAAUCUCGAACCAUCAAAUGAUUAUUCAUUUAUUGUUCAUUAUUAGGCCAGUAAUUACCGUAUCACAAAAGGUAAAUGUUUAUGUUUGAUUAAUUUGUUUUAAAUAGUACAGGUCGCGAAAUAAUUGAGUUAGAUCAUAAAUCCUACAUGCAAAUACUACUUAGAUAAAGGCAGUUGAUUUUCUCUAGUUGAUGCGUUAUAUAUUAUAGAAUUAACUUGUUUUCGUUUCAGUGAAAAUGAGUAUGGGUACUUUGAUUUUUUAAAAGAUUGCGUUUAUGUACAACAAAAGACGGACGAGAAAAUGAAUUACAUUUAAGUCUAGAUGUCGUUGAGUUGUAAAUGUAGUGUACAGGUUAUAUAAGAAUAUAUAACAGAAGCAGAUAGGUUUACGGAAGCAUGAUUGCACUUGGCUGUUUACUCUAGGUUUAUUCUCAUUUAGGAGAAAGACGAAACGUGUGAUUCUAGUAGAAAAACUUCUAACACGUAUUAGUCUAGGCGUGCAGCGAAGCAAGCUCGGCAAUUUAAAAUUGAAAGUCACACUUUCAGAUAAAAGAAAACAAUAAAUAAUUUUAAAAUGUCAUUUUACUCUAUUACUCUUGAUACUACUACUACCGCUAUUAAUUGAAUUUGCUUUCAUUAUUCCAAAAAUGGUAGCGUUUGACAACAAAUAAAAACACGGCUAUGCAAUAAACUUAA